AUGGCUUCCGGAGUUCCAGGUGCCGCUAUCUCAAAGCGGAGAAAGUUCGUGGCCGAUGGUGUCUUCUACGCAGAAUUGAACGAGUUCUUCCAACGCGAGCUGGCUGAGGAGGGAUACUCUGGUGUCGAAGUCCGAGUUACACCCACCGUCACCGAUAUCAUCAUCCGCGCAACCCACACCCAAGAAGUCCUCGGCGAGCAAGGACGUCGAAUCCGCGAACUCACCUCCCUCAUCCAAAAGCGAUUCAAGUUCCCCGAGAACUCCGUCUCCCUCUACGCUGCCAAGGUCCAAAACCGUGGUCUCUCCGCCGUCGCACAAUGCGAGUCCCUCCGAUACAAGCUCCUCAACGGUCUGGCGGUUCGCAGAGCAUGCUAUGGUGUCCUCAGAUUCAUCAUGGAGAGCGGUGCUAAGGGUUGCGAGGUUGUCGUUUCUGGAAAGCUGCGUGCUGCUCGUGCGAAGAGCAUGAAGUUCACUGAUGGUUUCAUGAUCCACUCUGGUCAGCCAGCAAAGGACUUCAUUGACCACGCUACCCGUCACGUUCUCCUCAGACAAGGUGUUCUCGGUAUCAAGGUCAAGAUCAUGCGUGGUUCGGAUCCAGAAGGAAAGUCAGGUCCUCAAAAGUCAUUGCCAGACUCUGUCACCGUUAUUGAGCCAAAGGAGGAGCAGAGUGUGGUUCAACCUAUGAGCCAGGAUUAUGGUGCGAAGGCUGCUGCAGCUCAGGCGGCUGCUGAGGCUCAACGUGCGACGGAGCAGGCUGAGGAGGCACCUGCAGAGGAAUAG